CUCUCAUAUAUGCUCCCUCCAAAACUCUUAACCAAAAUAAUGAAACUCAUUGAACUAAAAUUCAAGAAUGAUACAGUAUAUGCCACUGUUCAGAUCAUGUUCAAGCUCAAGAUCAGUAGCACAACUUCACGCACAUCUCAUCAUCAAUGGUCUCCGCAAAGAUCCACUUGCUUCCACCAAGCUUAUUGAGUCUUAUUCCCAAAUGGGUUCCCUCAAAACUUCAAGACUCAUCUUUGACACAUUCCCAAACCCAGAUUCUUUCAUGUGGGGUGUAAUAAUCAAGUGCCAUGUUUGGAAUAGCUGUUUUCAAGAAGCCAUUUUUCUUUACCACAGUAUGCUUUGUCAACUAUCUGAAACCAGUAGCUUCAUUUACCCUUCAGUUUUGAGAGCUAUUUCUGCAAUUGGUGAUCUGGGUGUUGGUCGGAAGGUUCAUGGAAGGAUUUUGAAAUGUGGGUUUGAGUCUGAUUCUGUUGUCGAGACGGCGUUGUUGAGUAUGUAUGGUGAACUUGGGUGGACAGUUUAUGCAAGGAAGUUGUUUGAUGAAAUGUCUGUGAAGGAUGUUGUUUCGUGGAGUUCGAUUAUUUCGAGCUAUGUACGUAAUGGGAAAGGUAAGGAAGGAUUGGAGAUUUUUGGGGAUUUGGUUAAGGAGGGUGUUGAAAUUGAUUCAGUGGCUUUGCUUAGUGCAGUUGAGGGUUGUGGUGAGUUGGGUGUAUGGAGAGUUGGGAAAUCUGUUCAUGGUUAUAUAUUGAGAAAGAAUAUUCAGAGUGAUGGGUCUUUGAUAAACUCGCUUGUUGCAAUGUAUGGAAAAUGUGGCGAUACGUGUAGUGCUGAGUUGCUUUUUCGUAAUUCUGUUGAUAAGAGCACUUAUACUUGGACAGCAAUGAUGUCCUGCUACAAUCAGAAUGGUUGCUAUCAUGAAGCGUUGGCGUUGUUUGUUAAGAUGCAUGAGUCUGAUGUGGAAUACAAUGAAGUUACUGUUAUGGCUGUUUUAUGUUCUUGUGCUAGGUUGGGUUGGCUAAACGAAGGGAAGUCUAUACAUGGUUUUAUAGUUAGAAAUGCUUUUGAUUGUGGCAAUGAUCUUCUAGGCUCAGCAUUGGUUGACUUGUAUGCUAACUGUGGCAAGCUAAAUGAUUGCCACAAGGUAUUUGGUUCGUCUCAAGACAGACAUAUCAUCUCGUGGAAUAUGCUCAUAUCAGGUUAUGUGCAUGAAGGAUUUUCUGAUAAGGCAUUGACGCUUUUUGUGGAUAUGGUUAGAAAAGGAAUAUUGCCAGACUCGUAUACUCUGGCAAGUGUCCUCUCAGCUUCUGGAGAUAUUGGGUUUUCUGAAUUUGGCUGUCAAAUUCAUAGCCACGUUAUCAGGACUGGCUUUUCUACGGAGUUUGUCCAGAAUUCACUGAUUGACAUGUACAGUAAAUGUGGACUUGUGAACUAUGCGCUCAUGAUAUUCAAUGAUACACUAGAAAGAAGUAUUGUGACUUGGAAUUCAAUGAUGUGUGGACUUACCCAAAAUGGUUUAUCUCGGGAAGCUAUUAGUCUCUUUGAUGAGAUAUACUCAAACUCGAGCAGAAUGGAUGAAGUGACCUUCUUAGCUGCAAUUCAAGCAUGCUCGACUAUAGGAUGGCUGGAGAAGGGAAAGUGGAUUCACCAUAAGUUAAUCAUCUUUGAUGUGAGGCAUGAUAUGUAUAUCGAUACUGCUCUGACAGAUAUGUAUGCUAAAUGUGGAGAUCUCUGGAUGGCUCGAAGAGUUUUUGAUAGUAUGUUUGAAACGAGCAUAAUAUCUUGGAGUGCCAUGAUAGGUGGUUAUGGAAUGCAUGGUCAAAUCGAUGAUGCCAUCUCACUCUUUCAUGAAAUGGUAAAUAGUGGAAUAAAACCAAAUGACAUCAUUUUAACAAAUAUUCUAUCUGCUUGCAGUCAUUCUGGUUAUCUGAAUGAAGGGAAAUAUUUCUUUAACUUGAUGAUUAACUUGAACAUUGAACCCAAACCCGAACAUUUUGCAUGUCUAGUUGAUCUUCUUAGUCGAGCUGGUGAUAUUGAUAAAGCCUAUGAAGUCAUCACUUCGAUGCCGUUUCCUGCAGAUGUUAGUAUUUGGGGUGCCCUGGUAAAUGGAUGUAGAAUUCACAAGAGAAUGGAUAUUAUCAAGAUGAUCCAACAAAGGCUUGAAAACAUGCAAACAGAUGAUACUGGAUAUUAUACUCUAUUAUCCAACAUAUAUGCAGAAGAAGGAGAAUGGAAUGAAUCUAGAAUGGUGAGGUCAAAGAUGCGAAGUUUAGGUUUAAAAAAGGUCGAUGGAUAUAGUAUGAUUGAAGUUGAGAAAAGAAUACCAGCAUAAAGCAAAUGUCACAUACUUCAUUUGCAUAAAGGGAAGUCUCAAGCC